CUGAAAAAAGUAACGGCGACAAGCACUGUAGCACCGUUGUCACCGCAACAACCAUCGAUAGAACGCCGUCGUUUAAAAGAAGCUACGGAGAUUCGCUACGAUACUCAAUUCAAUUCCACGCUCUCGUACUAUUAAAAGAAUCAGGUUCAAAUUUUCAUCGCGUUCGAGCAAUUUGGGUAUCUUCAUUUCCUCCAAUUCAAAAGUUGCGUUGCAAUUUCGAGGGUAAUUCCCAAUUGUUUCACCUGCAGUUUCAGUUUCCGGUGCCCUAGAAAUCAGAAACGUUAGAUUGUUGUUCUGUUAUUUUAUUCGCAUGAUCGGUACGAGGUUUCUGCUCAGUAUAUUGGUGCUCGGUUUUGCACUACUCGUCCGAAUUGGACAAUUGGUGAGAGGGUAAUAUCGAUUUGUUAGAGGAUUAGGGUUUUCACCAAGGUUUAAGGGAUUUAUAGGGUUUAUAUGGAAAGAGUAGCAUUAGGAUGCUUUAGUUGUUCUGAAUUUGGUCCAAUUGAAACUAGGGUGUCCCGUUGAUUAUGGUAGAUUGAGGAUGGUGAAGUUUUUAGGGUUGACUCUUGGUUAUGCAGAAGAACCCCGGGAAAUAGCGUCCAGGUCGAACCUGACCAGUGAGUCUGGUGAAAAUGGGUGGCUCAUCAGGUUCUUUGACUCGGCAUUCUUCUGCGAGUGGAUUGCUGUUAGCUACUUGUACAAGCAUGAUCAUGCCGGGGUGCGUGAUUAUCUCUGUAAUAGAAUGUAUACUCUUCCUUUGCAAGGUAUUGAGAGUUAUUUGUUCCAGAUAUGUUACAUGAUGAUACACAAGCCUAGUCCAUCCUUGGAUAAAUUUGUGAUAGAUAUGUGCUCGAAGUCACUUAAGAUUGCUUUGAAGGUACAUUGGUUCCUGUUGGCAGAGCUUGAGGACUCUGAUGAUAAUGAAGGCAUUAGUCGGAUUCAGGAGAAGUGCCAGAUAGCAGCCACCUUGAUGGGCGAGUGGCCACCUCUGAUACGGCCUCAAACUGAACCUCCGAGUCCUGGAGGCAAGAGCCAAGUUUUGAAUAGGUUACUGUCAUCAAAAAAUCGUUUGUUGUCAUUAACGUCUUCACCUCCUACUCAUAAGUCUUUAUUAUUUUCACCUUCCUCGGGAAACAAUUUGCAAGAGGAUGGCAACCCACUGUCUCCUGAUGAGAACAAGAUAUUUAAGAAGUUUAUGCCAGGUCCAAAGGUUAGAGAUGCUUUGCUUUUUAGGAAGUCAGUGGAAAAAGAUGAUGAUGGUUCUGAAAAAGAUGGGUUUUUCAAGAGGCUUUUGAGAGAUAGCAAAGGUGAUGAUGAACUGGGCCAAAAAAUUCGUGACACAUUUCUUUUUCGGAAGUCAUCUGUGAAAGAUGAUGAAGACUCUGAAAAAGAUAAUUUCUUUAAAAGGUUCUUAAGGGACAGUAGAGGUGACGAUGAAGACUCAGAAAAGGAUAGUUUCUUUCGAAGGCUCUUAAGGGACAGUAGGGGUGAAGAUGAAGAUGUAGCUUCAAGUUCAGAGGGGUUAUUUAAGAGGCUGUUUCGUGAUAGCAAAAAUGAUUCUGAAGACAGAACACACACUAAAUCAAUAGAAGAUGAAGAGAAAGAGAAAGAUGGAUUUUUCCGGAAGUUUUUCAGGGAGAAAUUUGAAGAUAGGAAGGAUGGGAGUGAUAGGAAUGAUAACAGAGAUGUUUCUAAUUCUGGAGAGAAAUGUGCCAAACCUGCUGAAGAGGAUGAAAAAGAAGGGUUUUUCCGGAAAUUCUUUAAGGAUAAACUUGAGGACAAGAAAGAUACAAAUGAUAAAAUUGAAGAGGGUACUACCAAUGGUGAGGAAGAAGAAUCUUCUGAAUUUUCCUUGUUCAAAAGACUAUUUCGUGUGCACCCUGAAGAUGCUAAAAGUAGUCAGGCCAAUGAAAACAGCAAUAAUAGUGGCUUAUUUGAAAGUAGUCCAGGUACAGAGAAUUUUUUCCGUAAAUUGUUCAGAGAUCGUGACCGCUCAAUAGAAGAUUCAGAACUAUUGGGGUCAAAGAGACAGAAAGAGAGGCAUCCUGGAUCCCCAAAGCAGCAAAGUGAAAAAUUGAGCACAAAGCCGCCAUUACCAAUUAGUCCAUCUCAAUUUCGAAAAGGAGCUUACCAUGACUCACUAGAGUUUGUGCAGUCAUUAUGUGAUACAUCAUAUGGGUUAGUGGAUGUAUUUCCAAUUGAAGAUCGCAAAAGUGCUCUUCUUGAGUCGCUUGCAGAGAUCAAUAUACAUGUAGCUGAGGCUCAGAACACUGGAGGAGUUUGCUUUCCAUUGGGAAAGGGCAUGUAUCGUGUGCUUCAUAUACCUGAAGAUGAGGCUGUUCUCUUGAAUUCUAGGGAGAAGGCACCUUACCUGAUAUGUGUAGAAGUUUUGAGAUGUGAAAUGCCAAGUAAUUCGAAGGAGGCAUCCAGUUCCCAGAAACUUUCUCAAGGGGGAAUUCCUUUGGCAAAUGGAGAUGCUUUCUUGCAAAAACCACCCUCUUGGGCUUAUCCAUUACGGACAGCACAAGAGGUGUACCGCAAUAGCAAUGAUAGAAUGUCCAGUUCAACUGCCCAAGCAAUUGACCAGGCAAUGACUCAUGUAUCUGAGGCAAAAAUCAAAUUUGUUAGUCUGAAUCUUUCUGUGGAAACACAGUUAAAUGGUCAACCAGAGAAGACUGAAGUGGCUGAUCCACAUGAUGACAGUCAGCAUUCUGCUUCAAUUACUAGAGAUGGUAGUGAUUUGGAAUGGGUACGAGUAGUGUUGACGGCUGAUCCUGGCGUUAGAUUGGAAGAUGUUGAGGAUCAAGCACCACCUCGAAGAAAGGAACAUCGACGUGUUCCAAGUACAGUGGCAAUAGAAGAAGUAAAGGCUGCUGCAGCAAAAGGAGAAGCACCUCUUGGACUCCCUUUGAAAGGUGCUGGUCAAGAUUCAUCAGAUGCACGACCAAGUGCUAAUGGAAUUACUCCCAGAGCCAGUGAUGCCUUGUCUGGUGAACUUUGGGAGGCAAAGAAGGAUAGGGUAUGCAAGGCUUCCAUAUAUGGGAAGUUGCCCGGUUGGGAUUUGCGAUCUGUUAUUGUAAAGAGUGGUGAUGAUUGCAGGCAGGAGCAUUUGGCUGUUCAACUUAUUUCUCACUUCUAUGAUAUUUUCCAAGAAGCUGGUCUACCCCUCUGGCUGCGCCCAUAUGAAGUUUUGUGUACUUCUUCUUAUACAGCUCUUAUUGAAACAAUUCCAGAUACGGCUUCUCUACAUUCUAUCAAAAGUAGAUAUCCCAACAUCUCAAGCUUAAGGGAAUUCUUCAAUGCCAAGUAUCACGAAAAUUCUCCCAGUUUUAAACUUGCCCAGAGGAACUUUGUUGAGAGUAUGGCAGGAUAUUCCUUGGUGUGCUACUUUCUGCAGGUAAAGGAUAGGCAUAACGGGAACCUCCUAUUGGAUGAAGAAGGUCAUAUCAUACACAUUGAUUUUGGCUUCAUGCUUUCCAAUUCACCUGGUGGUGUUAACUUUGAAAGUGCACCUUUCAAAUUAACACGUGAGCUUCUUGAGGUUAUGGAUUCUGAUGCUGAGGGUGUUCCUAGUGAGUUCUUUGAUUAUUUUAAGGUUUUAUGCAUUCAAGGCUUCCUUACAUGCCGCAAGCAUGCUGAGCGCAUUAUUCUUCUUGUUGAGAUGUUACAGGAUUCAGGUUUCCCAUGCUUUAAAGGUGGUGCACGGACAAUUCAGAACCUACGAAAGCGAUUCCAUCUGAGUUUAACAGAAGAGCAAUGUGUCUCCUUGGUGCUUUCACUUAUUAGCAGUAGCCUGGACGCUUGGAGGACACGGCAGUAUGAUUAUUACCAGAAGGUUUUGAAUGGAAUUUUAUAAGAUGAUUUGCUAUGGUGAUCACUUGCUUUUACAUUUUGGCCAACCUUUGAACAGUGAAUGCUCGUCAAUUAGUAUUUACAUUUAUAAGUCACUAGAGAGAGAGGUUGGUUCUCUGCGGAGUGGCUUUGAAGUUUUCAACAGAGGGAAGUUCGUAGUGGGGGACAUGCAGCCUCUUUUCUAUCAGGAAGAUUCUAACUGUCCAAAAAAUCUUAGAAUAGUCUAGCAGGCAAAAUUUGCUGAAGCUGGGUCUUUUUCAUUUCUUUUCUCUCGUUUCAUGUGAAUGAAGCUCUGCUGCUUGAAGAAGUUGCAUUAGCCUCCUAAAGGCAGGGAGACAAUGCACAAUGUACAGUGAUUUGAGCUGGAUGACUACAUUGAAAAUGGAUGUCCAAAUGGUUACUGGCUAACUGACUGAUUCGUUGCAUACAGUCUUGGGGGUGUGUUGAAAGUGCUGAGCAGAUACCGAGUACUGACCACCUAGUACAGUUUGAAUGACAUUAUGGAGGAAAUCAUGAACAAACCUCCAGUAUUAUCGAACUGCUCUGUAAUUUUCCCUGAUCGCUGUUCAAUGGCGUCUGUCUUCCCAGAGUUGAUUAUUCAAUACGUCACCCUGGAAAAUUGUGAUCCAAAUUCUUUAAUCACGUUUGAUUGUAUCAUGUAUAAUUGAUUUCACGGUGAAAUUUGUCUCACCUUCAAUCGUAUAAAAAAUAUUUCAGGUUUGGUGGCUUUGUAUCUGGAUCACAUUUUUUAAAUUUUACUUGUAUUAUUUAUCUCUGCAUUGAACCAAGUCCAUUGUGAACCGGGAGACAAUGACAUCAAACCCUGCACUUAAAUACACUAGGCUAAAAUAUCGACUGUUGUAAUAAAUUAAUUGUAAGAAGUAUUACUCUCUUUAUCUCAUAUAUUAGUUAUCAU